AUGGCGUUUGCUAGGACAAAUGUUAGUUUGUCCCAGCCGGAUAUAACGCAAAAACUUACAGAGCGCAUAGACGACCUGAAGCAAAGAAUCGCUGCUUGGGGAAAGCGGAUUCGGCGAUAUACCGAGAGGUUGACACGGUUCAACCAGAAUCGUCUCUUCCAGAGUGAUCAGAAGAGGCUCUACAAAUCAUUGGAGCAACCAAUUGUAAGUGGAACGGGCCCAGCACCAAAUCAGGCCGACACGGUCGCAUUCUGGCGCAGCCUGUGGUCAGAGCCCGUAAACUACAACGAGGGCCCUUGGACGGAAGUUGUGGUGAGUCAGUGUGCGGGUAUUAUGGACCCCGUCAUCAUAACGCCGGAUGACGUAGCUGAGGCGGUCCGUAGGGCCCCGAACUGGAAAAGUCCGGGUCUUGACGGGCUGCAUCACUACUGGCUGAAGGGGUUCAUGCAAGUGUUAACUACGGAAAAUACAUCGAGGGAUCCUUAUGAGUCUUUAUAUGUUUAUGAGACUUUUGAGCCGUAA